GCGCAGGAGGGAGGGGGCGCGGCGGGGGGGCGGGGGCGCGGCGCGGGCGGCCCCUCCCCCUGCCCAGCUCCGGGCGGGCGCCGAGAGCGGCCGGAGUUUCCGCGCCCGGGAGGGAGAUGCGGCCGCCGCUCGGGCUCCUUGCAGAUUUCUAACCAGCAUAAUGCUGGAGCGAGAGGCUGGCAGCCGGCAGUUUGCACAAUGGCCGAGCUGGACGCGGAUUUGGACCACAUCCUUCCAUCUCCGGUUCUUCCGCCUUUCUGGGCUAAGUUAGUGGUGGGAUGUGUUUCCCUCGUGUGUUUCGCGCGUAGCUACGAUGGAGAUUUUGUCUUUGAUGAUUCAGAAGCUAUUGUUAACAAUAAGGACCUCCGCGCCGAGACGCCCCUCGGGGACCUGUGGCAUCAUGACUUCUGGGGCAGCAGGCUGAGCAGCAACACCAGCCACAAGUCCUACCGUCCCCUGACCGUCCUGACUUUCAGGAUCAACUACUAUCUGUCUGGAGGCUUCCACCCCAUGAGUUUCCACGUGACCAACAUCCUCCUGCACGGGGGCAUCUCCGUCCUCAUGCUGGACGUCUUCUCCGUGCUGCUCGGCGGCCUGCAGUACACCAGUAGAGGCCGGCGGUUGAACCUGGCCCCCAGGUCGUCCCUGCUGGCUGCUCUGCUCUUCGCCACGCAUCCGGUGCACACGGAGUGUGUUGCUGGUGUUGUCGGCCGUGCAGAUCUCCUGGGGGCCCUGUUCUUUCUGUUAUCUUUCCUGGGCUACUGUAAAGCGUUUAGAGAAACAGGUAACAAAGAGGGAACACAUUCUACAUUCUGGGUGCUGCUGAGUAUCCUUCUGGGAGCCGUAGCCAUGCUGUGCAAAGAGCAAGGGAUCACCGUGCUAGGUUUGAAUGCCAUCUUUGACAUCUUGGUGAUAGGCAAAUUAAAUGUUCUGGAAAUGGUCCAGAAGGUACUACAUAAAGACAAAUCAUUAGAGAACAUUCGCAUGCUCAGGAACGGGGGCCUCCUCUUCAGAAUGACCCUUUUGGCCUUGGGGGGCGCAGGAGUGCUCUACGUGCGCUGGAAAAUCAUGGGCACCGGCCCGCCCGCCUUCACCGAGGUGGACAACCCCGCCUCCUUCGCGGACAGCGUGUUGGUCAGGGCCAUAAACUAUAACUACUACUAUUCACUGAACGCCUGGCUGCUGCUGUGCCCGUGGUGGCUCUGUUUCGAUUGGUCGAUGGGCUGCAUCCCCCUCAUUAAGUCAGCCGGCGACUGGCGGGUAACCGCGCCAGCAGCUCUCUGGUUGUGCCUAAUUGGCCUCAUAUGCCGAGCCCUGUGCUCUGCAGACAGGCACAGAAGAAGGAUCCUUACGCUGAGCCUGGGAUUUCUCAUUAUUCCAUUUCUUCCUGCAAGUAACUUGUUCUUCCGAGUGGGCUUUGUGAUUGCAGAACGAGUCCUCUACCUCCCCAGUGCCGGGUACUGCAUGCUGCUGACUUUUGGAUUCGGAGCUCUCAGCAAACACACUAAGAAAAAGAAAUGGAUUGCUGCUGUCAUCCUGGGAAUUUUAUUCAUAAACGUGCUGAGGUGCGUGAUUCGCAGUGGUGAGUGGCGGAAUGAAGAACAGCUCUUCAGAAGUGCCCUGUCCGUGUGUCCGCUCAAUGCCAAGGUUCACUACAACGUUGGCAAGAACCUGGCCGACAGAGGCAAUCAGACAGCCGCCAUCAGAUACUACCGGGAAGCCGUGAGACUAAAUCCCAAGUACGUUCAUGCCAUGAAUAAUCUUGGAAACAUCUUAAAGGAGAGGAACGAGCUGCGGGAAGCAGAAGAGCUGCUCUCCUUAGCCGUGCAGAUACAGCCGGACUUCGCGGCCGCGUGGAUGAAUUUAGGCAUCGUUCAGAACAGCCUGAAACGCUUUGAAGCCGCCGAGCAGAGUUACCGGACGGCGAUCAAACACAGGAGGAAGUACCCCGAUUGUUACUACAACCUCGGGCGGCUGUACGCGGAUCUUAACCGCCACGUGGAUGCCCUGAACGCAUGGAGGAACGCGACUGUGCUGAAGCCGGAGCACAGUCUGGCUUGGAACAACAUGAUCAUACUGCUCGACAACACAGGUAAUCUAGCCCAAGCCGAAGCAGUUGGAAGAGAGGCCCUGGAAUUAAUACCUAAUGAUCAUUCUCUGAUGUUCUCGUUGGCAAACGUGCUGGGCAAAUCCCAGAAAUACAAGGAAUCUGAAGCUUUAUUCCUCAAAGCAAUUAAAGCUCAUCCAAAUGCUGCAAGUUACCAUGGCAAUUUGGCGGUUGGGAACACUGCGAGGUAUUCAGAAGCAUUUCCAAUGAAACCCAUCUCUUGCUGUUUCAGCUGUGCUCUAUCAUCGUUGGGGACAUCUCGACCUGGCCAAAAAGCACUACGAAAUCUCUCUGCAGCUUGACCCCACUGCAUCAGGAACCAAGGAGAAUUACGGUCUGUUAAGAAGAAAGCUGGAACAAAUGCAGAAGAAAGAUGUCUGAGCCUCUCGUCUGCAUUUUUUGUUGGUUUGCGUGCAUGAAGCCUAUUGUUAAUAUUACAUGGUUAUGUUUAACCAUUUAAAAGUCUUACAUGUUGUUUAUUUUAUUCUGUUUCUUUUUUCUGUGAAAACAAAGACAUGCAAAAAGAUUACAGCACCAGCAAUAUACUCUUGAAAGCUCGAUGUGGUUUUUGCAUUGAAAUUGUAUUUUUUCAGACGACUCCAAUGUAAAUUCUCAAAUUCCAAGAGUGAAAUCUUUUUUAAUUAAAAAGAAAAAAGGAAAAAAAUUACCUGGAGCGACGUGCAGUAGAAUGAAACCUGCACGGGGGGGUGUGAGCCGUGUUGUAUAGAGACUAGCGCUAUUACAGGUCGGUCGUGAGCAAGGAAUGACAAACUGACUCCAAUUUAUAUAAAUAUUGAAUGUGUCUGUAUAUUUGAAUUUUUAUUUAAUGACAAGAAAGAAUAAAUUAAGAUUUUUGGUUUUUAAAUUUUUUUUAGCAGUGUACUUCUCUUGUAAGGAAAUAUAUUUAUUUGUAUUUUUAUGUUUUGAACAGGGCAAAAAAUUGAAUGAGGAAUGAAAAUUUUAACAUCUAGUAUAUUUAUAUACUUUUUUCCCCAUCGGAAGACACUCACUCCUGCAAUAAUCUUUGGAUUCUCCUAAUUUCAGCUUCGUAACAUAGGAAAUUAUGUAGUGUCCGUAUUCUAUAUAAGCUAUUACUAUUAAUAGAAAUCCAAGCCAUGCUUUAGGCAAAAGCAGGCAGCCUGAUGUCUUUGUUUUUGUUGUAUCCAGUACUAAGAGGGCUACAUAUCUAUGUAAGUUGCUUUUUUAUGUUUUUAGCUGUAAAGCAGUUUUCCAUUUGGCUUAAUGGAACUGUAGUCAUUACUAUAUCCAGAAAAUGCAAGAGGUAAAUUUUCUCUUAAAAGGAGCUGCAUUUGGGGUAUUUGUGGUACUUUUCAAAAUUGAAAUUUUUCUUGUCUUAUUUGAUCAGAAUUACCAUGUCUGCUUUAUUUUAUUCUUCUGUAUAUGCUGUUGAGCUAAUGAUUUAUGCAAUCUCUCUAAUUUCUUAUGCAGUAAAAUUAUUACACAAACUG